AGGGGGGACAGAGGGGGACAGGGGGCGCUCUGCUCUGCUCAGUGCAGGACGCAGGAGACAGUCGCUCUCCAAGGUGCUGAAAGUCGGAGCGCUCCCUCCUCACUCUCCCCUACUGACGAUGAAUGCGACCAAAAAUCAAAUACUGACUGGCUUGAAUCCCGUUUGGUUUAUUUUUUUUUUAAUACUCUAAACUUCUACCCUUCUGGAUUUUUAUUUUUCAUUCAACCGCUGGAUGUAUACACACACAUGUGCAACAAGACUGACUGCCGCUUUCUCAUAUUCACCUGCAUCGUUGGGAAAUAUUGAAUUGACUCCGGAUUCUCAGGGAACGCUACAGAGGAUUUUUCGAGCUGUUUUUCUCGGUCUCUGCCUCUCUCUCCGUACCGCAUGCCUUCGGACGUGAACUGUGAUAUUGUCUCAAAAAGGUGAGUCCGAUGAGGAUGUUCAUGAAGCAGACCUACUUUUACGUGGAUGUCAUUUUCUUUGCUCUGGAGAGGGGGGGACCAUACCUCCAAAACGCUGGUGUUUAAUUGCUUUUAAACCCACCAUCACGACCGAGAGGGAGGAUUAUAGUAUCUUGUGGAGUCUGGAGAAUUUACCCUGUGGAUAAAGUGAAGUUUCCAAUAGGCUAGGCGACUAUCAUUAAAUCUGCUCUAGCCCUCUAUUUGUUGGGCUCUCUGGCUUCACACUAAGUGGAUAUCAAGCAAUUUCAACGCGCCCAUUUCCUCAAGUGAUGAUGAUGAUGGUGAUGAUGAUGAUGAUGAUGAUGAUAAUGAAGCGCAGGACGGAUCCGGAGAGGAUACCGGGAGCCUAGGGAUGACAUCCACACAAUCUUGUUGAAUGUGGAUAUCGAUGCCGCGGCGAAGGAUGGGCCCUCUCCUCUCGGCCGCCUUCGUGCUCCUGCUGGCCCUGCGCGCCGUGUCUCCGGCCUCGGUGGGUAACCCCGAGGAUUACGCCGCGGACGAGGCGGAGCGGACCGCCAGUGAAAACAUCGUCUUCGAUGACUACCGGGGGAAAGGAUGCGUGGACGACAGUGGCUUCGUCUACAAACUCGGGGAGCGCUUCUACCCGGGACACUCGAACUGUCCGUGCGUGUGCACGGAGGACGGGCCUGUGUGCGACCAGCCCGAGUGCCCCAAACUGCACCCCAAGUGCACCAAAGUGGAGCACAAUGGAUGCUGCCCCGAGUGCAAGGAGGUUAAAAACUUUUGCGAGUACCGGGGGAAAACGUAUAAAAUACUGGAAGAAUUCAAGGUGUUUCACCUACAGGGUUCCCCAUCAGAUGAGGAAGGGACCAGUCCCCAGCCCAGCAUGGCUGCCGGCGUGCCUCUGCCCCCAGCACAACUGCAAUCAAGAACCAGGAGAUAUAGGCCGUCACCCUGUGAAUGGUGCCGCUGCGAACCAAAUAAUGAGGUGCACUGUGUGGUGUCCGACUGCGCCGUCCCAGAGUGUGUCAACCCUGUGUACGAGCCGGAGCAAUGCUGCCCCAUCUGUAAAAACGGUCCAAAUUGCUUUGCUGGAACAACGAUCAUCCCAGCCGGAAUUGAAGUAAAGGUGGACGAUUGCACCAUCUGCCGCUGCCACAACGGAGACUGGUGGAAACCUGCGCAGUGCUUGCGGCGGGAGUGCCUCAACGGCCAGUCGUUGUCAUAGAGAGACUCCACCGGGGAUGGUGGAAAAGCUCAGGCAAGGCCCUGCCUACUGCACCAUUUUGUAUGAUUGACAGGGCAGGAGCACAAUUCCUAAGCAACCUAAGACAGCAUAGCAUCGAAGAGAUGCUCUCACAAGCUUCACACAAAUACAAAUUUAGCCACUGAGAAGAAGACAGAACUUGUCUCAUGGCUGUUUCCACCCUCCAGUUUUAAUCGUCCUAUACAUUUUCAGAAGUUGACUUGCUCAACUUGCUGCUCUCACACGAAAAGUUUCUAAGCUCCUUGAACUCUUUCCUAACCACUGACAAUGUUGAAUUGCUCAUGUUUAUUUCUGUAUGUAUGUCAUCUGCUUGUUGUACUUGUCUGUCACAAUCACGCAGGUGUUGUAAAAUUCCAACAGCAGGAAAAACAAACCGUAAGCACACUUAACGGCGCUUUGUUCCCCCCGUCAUACGAGGAUUCACACUGGUGAAAGCACUGCAAUUGUGUGAGUUUCACAACUUCACUCUAAGAGCUUGUUUACAAGAUGUACAUCACACAUAAAUGUUUGUGUCUUCAUAAGACUUUAAGACUUUUUAUCGCUAUGGCAGGAACACGCCUCUAACACUAAGAUGAUGCUACUGUCAAUUUUAUAAAACCCCAAAACGCUGAUUUCAUUGAUCAACAUACCACAGUUCUGAGUCAUGUCUAUAUAUAGUAGCAGCAAAGGCAGGGCAAGUUGGUACUGUAGAAUUAGCUGAAGGGCAGGAAAGGCGGUAGCCAGCAACUAUGAGAAGGGUAGAUGUAAAAUUCUGCAGUACUGCAUCAAAGCAACAACUUUCGGCAGCCCCCCUUCCAGCUUAAUUGUCGUUAUUGUUUUCUCUCAGAGGUCCAUAUCCUCCAAAAUAUUCCCACUAACUAACUGCUUGAACUUGUUAUCAAAGCAAUUAGCAAGCCAAGAGCAGCCUGCUUUAAUUUCCCUUAAUCAAGGAGUAUUCUGUGAUAAAUCAUCCAGCUGGAUGCUUGGCACUGCCGCAGCCUGCAUGCUGGGCACUCUCAACAAGAACCAGCAGACAAAAGGAGGGAAUCUGCAUAUGUCUAAAUGCUUUUAAGCAGCAUUCACGUGCACAUCGUCCAUGUGAGCAUACACAAGCACACCAUUCAUCCACAAUCUCACAGCCACAGUAUGUUGAUCUGCACGGUGAAGCACUUAAAACAUAUAAGGCUUCUUAAGAUACAAAGCUGUUACAUUAUCCCACUGCUAUAGAUUAUGUAACAGAUUUUUAGUUCCUCCCCUCCCCGAUAUGUUAGAAUAGCUCAUCCAAUGUGGCGUGGCUACGGCCAGGGCUAUAACAUAGAGACAAGCUAAUGCAUUGCCUUGAUAUUUUCCCAGAGCAGAGUGGUCCUCAAGUGGUCCAGUCUGAAAGAAAAAGCACCCAACCAAGGCCCAAAACACGAUAUUUUUUGAGAUGAUAAAUACCAGUCAUUAAUUCAAAGGUGAAUUCCAAUAAGCUCAUGCCAUUCAUCACUAGAAUUUUUUCCAUUUCCAGAAAAUCCGUUCCUGUUAACCUUUUAGACCCUAUUCCUGGGUGGUGAUGGAUGGGCUGCUUAAUAGCAGCUCCCAGCACACAGAAACAUAGGAUAAAGACCGAUGACUAAAGAGGUAUAUUCCCUUAAGAGGUACUAAAACUAAUUUUUGGAAGAGUCUGCAAAGUCUGCUGCACAGUCUUAAGUUGCAGCAAAUGCGUGAUGGAGGAAUCACAGAAAGGAGAGAAUGUGGGUGGAGUUCAAUCUUAGGUGCAACAAUGGAGCUUGGGUCAUUUUCAUCAUUAAGCUACAGUGAUUUAGUGUCUUUCAAUGUGAAAAGACAGACCUCAUCUAUCUGGCUUGUGGUCUGCAGACUCAUAAAACAAAACUGACAUCUAUGGUUUAUCAAUCACAGCCGCACUGCUCCAGACAUUUUAGGUUUAAUAAAGGAGCUUCAUUCAUCUUAAUUACUUUAAAUGCCAAAUAAUUAUUCAGCCUAUACAUCUAUCCAAAAAUAUAUUGGAAUUACUUUACUGGGUAGCAACAAAGAAAGACUGAAAUGAGUAUGCCAGUUGACAGGGCUCAGAGGCAUUGCUGCCACCGCUGAUGCCUUAGUGCUACUGUUCCAGAUAAGAUUCACAAAGCAUGGCCUUUGGCUUCAUAAAGUAUGAACAGCCCAGACUGCUUUAAGUGCUACUUUGUUGGCACUCCUCUGUGCAAUGGUUUACCAUUAUGUAUUAUCCCAAAUUAGUUAUUGUUUUACCCUUCGACAUUCCAGCAGGGUGAAUUAGCAGGAGUACAAGGGAAUGGAUGAAGACAGUUUAAUCACAGCUAAAAAUAUAUGGAGUUGAAUUCACAGAUUGCUAAAAAAAUACAGUGUUUUUUCAUACAAGUAAAUCUAGAAGCAGCAAAAAUGGCAGAUAGAAGUAUCCUUAAGGAUCCUUACAAUAAUGUGACAUUGCAACUCAUUGUAGUGUUUGAUUGUUCUGAUACGGUUUCCUUCCAUGGUUCUGAGGUGCUCUGUAUUUGUUAAACUAAACUGGGGUGUCAUGGCUGCUCGUCUCCUUAAUUUGCAAGCUAUAAGCUGCCGUCAUCAACUCGGUGUAGAGGUAGGAAGGCAGUGGGUGAAGUGUUCAAACCAUCCAGACCAAGAUCAUGCUCAACCGUCCCUAUACGUAAGAGCUGAGUUUUGAUCCAAGCUGCUAGUGGGAAGCAAAAAAUAAAUAAAUAAAUAAAGACAGGGAUUAAAUCAAAUAAGGAAAUCAUAUAUUUAGAGCAGGUAGAAGAUAUUUUUUUUCAACCCAGCAAAUGAGAUGCGGUGCAUAUGUUGCUCUGCACUGUAAAUAGGUUGACAGUAGUCAUGAAAAUUCCUUUUAUAGCGCUCAUUGACAACUACACAGUAUGAGUUUGGAGCCAUGUGGAUUAACAUGCAGUAGAUUCCUAUGUGUGCAGUUUGAAAGAAUAGGCCGCAUUUAAAAACACAAUUUAAAAAAAGGCAUUUAUGUGGCACACAUCCACUAUACGCAUCUCAGAGAGAGCCUCUGCCUGGGCAAACCAGCGGAAAUUACAUUUAUCUUUUCAAAUACGUGAAGCUGCAGUUUCAAGGACAGAUCAGCAGCAGUCUGCCUUUGUUCAUUUUCUGCCAAGAAACGCAAGUCUUUCUGUCUGUCUGUGAACAUCUAUUCAAAUGACCCCAUCUGUACUCUCAUCAUUCAAACCACAGGCUUGUACAUAGGCAUUUUGUAAAGGUAUACCAUUCACCCCUUUCCAUGAGACACCGAUUUACUGUAGCUGGAAACUAUGAAAGAUUUUUUUUUCCCCUUACCUUUUUUUCAGCAACAAAACUGUUACAUAAAGUGUGCCUGAAAACCAACUAUCUGGAAUAUGAAAAGAGAAACACUGUUAUUAUACAAUCAAUUGUAUUAGUUUUUGGGGCACCAAGGGUCUGUUCAUGAGGGACUCAAAUGUGGCAUAGUAUCAUUUCUAUAAGAAAUUUGUGUUUAAUUUGUUUAAAAUUAAGAGCAUCUUUGAUUGUAUAUGACUACAUGCUCGCACAGGUUCACCCUAAGCUCUACAAGAAAUAAAGGGUCCAAAUUUUAAAAAGUUAAACAGCCCUUGGUGUUCCCCGUGUUGUUCAUAUGUAAAUAUCUUCAAACGUAUAAUGUGUAUUCUGAAAUCUGAGGUGGAGUAAAAAAAAGACAUACGAAAUAUGAAAAUGUGUAUCAUUCAUCGAGACAAAAACUAUUUUGUUUAAUAGACUUGAAAAGAAGUCUGUUAUUCGGCAAAAGUGAGUGUGGAUUAAUAUUUUAUGUUUGUCCUUUUUGUUCACUCAGGAUUAUGUGGAUGUUUCUGGACACAAGAUCACUUGAGAUGGCAUGAAAACACAUUAACAACUAAAGAAAAAUGUGAAAUUCCUAACUGCGAAAAGCACA